CCUUUGCACACAAUUCAGAAUACCUCAACAGUUUACACUCUCUGGGUUAUUGUUCUACCAAAUUAAAAAUGAGGCAUGGAAAAAAUAUAACUAGCUAAAGACUGUAAAAAGCUAUUUUACCAACAUCAACCCAUAGACAACAAAUAUACCUUUUAGGAUAAUAGCAAAACCUGAUGUGCUGAUCUCUUGUUAAAAAAAACGUGACAAAUCAUCAAACCAUCAAGGGUGUUUCAGCUUGUUUAGGUUAGGAUGGGCUGUUUUUGUGUUUGUCAAGCAAUUAAUGCAAACACAUGAUGAAAUGCAAUAAAUGUACCAGAUGCAAAAUGAAAACUAGACUCCAACAGAAAAAGGGCAUGCACUCUUUGCAUGUAUGCAAUAAUUCAACAUAAUAAAGAACAACAUUGUUUUUGUCCAUUUUAGCAAUAUUUAAUACUAAAGUGUGGCAGUAAAGGGGCAUUGGCAAUCAAAUUGUGAUUUUAGUGUGCCAUCUACUGGCUCUGCUGUGCAACUGCAGCUCAAUCAUCAACAUCUGUAAGCAAAUCAAUGUUAACAACAUCAACUGUCUAUUUGGGGGGAAAAACUAAUAUUAGAAAAUCAUGAAUUAAUUUAUAUAAGUUAUUCACCAACCCUUUAUAAACAAAUUAGAUUAAAAAAUAAGUGGUUCCAAAAAUCUGAAGGGAAUGACAAAAUAAAUUAUCUUAACCUUCUCAGAUGUAUAUAUCAGGUUUGUGUCAUGUUCAUAUGGUUUCUGUGAUCUGCUUUCAGCAUCCUCAGAUUCAAAAAGAAUCACAAUACAUCAAGUAUCUGUGCUGUGAUGAUGAGUUGAGCAUGACUCUGUGGGUGACUGGGAUACGAAUUGCAAAGUAUGGUAAGCAGUUAUAUGAAAACUACAAGACCGCUGUGAGGAAAGCCUCAGGCUCUGCAACCUGGGCUAACCGCACUAUCCAGGCCUCCUCCAGCGCAUCGACACCCUCCCCUAAACCUAAAGUCAAAGCUGCAAAUGGACACGCUCCUCAGCCUACAAAGGACACAAUGGGUCCUGCCAACCAAACAUCUUUUCCACCACCUCCACCUUCACUGGACAUCCUGCCUCCUCCACCACCCGACCCCAUGUUGCCUCCUCCUCCCCCUGCUCCUCCUGCCCCUCCUGCCAGCGCAACCAAAGUCAACAAGUUUCCUCCCCCACCUAAAUUCCCACAAUCCUCCUUCCCACCUCCACCCAUGGAUGACCUGCCUCCUCCACCACCUCCUCCAGAAGAUGCCGAGCUGCCCCCUGACUUUCUUCCUCCGCCGCCACCUAGUUUUGGAUCUUACGGGGCAGACAUGCUCCCCCCACCACCUCCAGACCCCAUUACCUCCUUUCCACCACCACCACCUCCUGGUCCCCAAAACUUUGCAUCUGCAGGUGGAGCGCCGCCACCACCUCCACCCCCGCCUCCACCUCCAGCUCCUGCACCGGCUGCCAACCCAUCCGCCGGCUACGUCAGAAAAGUGGCUCCACCUCCACCAAAGAGAACUACACCUCAACUAACAGCGCCCUCAGGUGGUGACCUCAUGUCAGAACUGAUGACAGCCAUGCAGAAAAAGCGUGGUCAAUAAUGAUCUUGAAGACAGAAAGAGCUAAUUGACAGUUGGACUGAGGAACUGACCGCCAAACCAGCUCUUGGCGUGACAUUAGGACACACAUCUUUAAUUCUGUUGUUAAUAUGCUUGCAUUACACCACCAAACUUAAAUAUGUAAAUAUGUUGCACCUAAUCAGAUUAUAUACUGUAUGUAUUGCAAAUGUGCUUUAUCUUCAUUGCUAAUGAAAUGUCAUAAUAAAUCAGGUCUUUCAAAGUUAACUGUUAAACAGAUUCCGGCAUGCCUAAUUGUUGAGUUCUCCUUUUUACAGAAAACAGGAGAUGUAUGAUGCAGGCAUAAACAGAUGAUGCAUGAUGCAAAGUUUUUCGCUCUUUCUGUAGAAAUGCAAAAACAGCAAUACGACAAAAGACAUCCAUGUUAGAUUGUUACAGCUGAAGACUGUGCAGCCACAGAGGUGUCUAUAUAUAAUGUCGAACAUGGCUCAUCAUCCAUUCAGAUCAGCCAUUAGGAAGUUCAGAACUUUAGAUGUGUUAACAAUGUUAUAAACAAUAUUUUUGGUUCAAAUGAUGCUGAAAUUUGUGAUUUUAUUUCCCAUUCGUCCCUGAGUAGAUUAUGAAGAACAGCUGACCCUCAGCUGCUGAGCCCAGGAUGGAGGUUUACUGGCAUAUCCAGCUCUCUCAGCCUCAUCCUGAUUCAUAAAUGGCUCCAUUAGAGUCUUCUGCAACAGCGCCACCUAGAAACACAUCAUAAAUACUGUCACCUAAGAAAAAGACAAGCCCUAAUAGUCUGUCUGAAGAUGUCACUUUGUAUGUAUGAAGUCUUUAUUUUAAAGUAAUAUAUUAUAGCAAAUAUUUUAAGAUGUAUAAUAAACAUGAUCAUGACAACA